GGUGGCCCUCCUGGCCGGCCUUUGCCUGGCCGACGGAGGAGGACAUGGCGGAGGAGGGUUCUCCGGAGGCGGAGGACAUGGCGGAGGAGGAUUCUCUGGAGGAGGAGGACAUGGUGGAGGAGGAUUCUCCGGAGGUGGAGGACAUGGCGGGGGAGGCGGAGGCGGCGGUGGAUAUGGUGGUGGCUCCAGCGUCUCUUCAGGUUACGGAGCUCCCAGCAAGGGAAGCGGAGGCGGCGGUGGAUAUGGCGGUGGCUCCAGCGUCUCUUCAGGUUACGGAGCUCCCAGCGUCUCUUCAGGCUACGGAGCUCCCAGCAAGGGAAGCGGAGGUGGCGGUGGAUACAGCAGUGGAGGAAGCGGAGGCGGCGGUGGAUAUGGUGGUGGCUCCAGCGUCUCUUCAGGCUACGGAGCUCCCAGCGUCUCUUCAGGUUAUUGCCGGCUAG